AUGGCCUCCGACGGCUUCCUCUCUUUCGUCUCCGCCCUCUUCGGCUGGGUCUAUUUCCUCGCCUGGAGCAUUUCCUUCUAUCCCCAGGGGUUGCUCAACUGGAGCCGGCGCUCCACCUCGGGAACCACCGUCGACUUUCACUUCAUCAACAUUCUCGGCUUCUUUGCAUACUUUGUCUCCAACGCUGCAUUCUACUACUCCUCUGAAGUCCGUGCUCAAUAUGCCGCCCGGAAUCACGGCCUUGAGCCCACCGUCCAGUUCAACGACAUCACCUUUGCCCUCCAUGGCAUCGUCCUCUCGCUCGUUGUAUCGUCCCAGUAUCUCCUCUACCCGCUCUGGGGCUUCAAUGUGAGCCCAAACAACCGUCCGAGCCGCUUCAUCCUUGGCGUCGCCGCCGGCUGCAUCACCGGUGUCGCUUUUACCUACAUGCUUGUUGCUUCGUCCGCCGGACAUGAUCCCCUGGUCGACUGGGUAACCCUUGACAUUGUCUACGCCAUAGGCUAUGUCAAACUCAUCAUCACCCUGAUCAAAUACAUGCCUCAGAUGCUUCUCAACUAUAAAAACAAGAGCACCGAGGGCUGGAGCAUCGUGCAGAUCCUCCUCGACCUCACUGGUGGCAUCCUCAGCGUCGGCCAACAAGGCAUUGAUAGCUACCUCCAGCAUGAUUGGAGCGGCAUCACUGGUAACCCUGCCAAGUUUGCACUUGGCCAAAUCUCCAUGAUCUACAAUGCCAUUUUCAUAACUCAACACUACGUCCUGUACCGUAACGCCACUCCCAGACGCAACCCAGAGAACGACAGGCUACUGGCCGACGAGGAGCGAAGGAUAGACUAA